AUGAAGAAGGCGGCUGGCGGAGACGAGCUCGCAGAACUCUUCAGUAUGAUCCCGUACCUUCUGCAGGCGGCCAACACCAGCGGCAACGCGUCGCUGCAGCUUCAGGACUUGUGGUGGGAUCUGGGGCUAGAGCUGCCUGACGGCGCGGCGCCGGGGCAUCCCCCGGGCACGGGCGGGACAGAAAGUGCAGACACCGAGGCCCGGGUGCGGGUCCUCAUCAGCGUGGUGUACUGGGUGGUUUGCGCGUUGGGCCUGACCGGCAACCUGCUGGUGCUCUACCUGAUGAAGAGUAAGCAGGGAUGGCGCAAGUCCUCCAUCAACCUCUUCGUCACCAACCUGGCGCUGACAGACUUUCAAUUCGUACUCACCCUGCCCUUCUGGGCGGUGGAAAACGCUCUGGACUUCAAAUGGCCCUUCGGCAAGGCCAUGUGUAAGAUCGUAUCCAUAGUGACAUCCAUGAACAUGUACGCCAGCGUCUUCUUCCUCACCUCCAUGAGCGUGGCGCGCUACCACUCGGUGGCCUCGGCUCUUAAGAGCCACAGGACCCGAGGGCACGGCCGGUGCGACUGCUGCGGCAAAAGCCUGGGGGGCAGCUGCUGCUUUUCAGCCAAAGCACUGUGCGUAUUGAUCUGGGCCUCCGCCGCGCUGGCCUCGUUGCCCAAUGCCAUCUUCUCCACCACUAUCAAGGUGAUGGGCGAGGAGCUGUGCCUGGUGCGCUUCCCAGACAAGUUGCUGGGCGGCGACAGACAGUUCUGGCUGGGCCUCUACCACUUGCAGAAGGUGCUGCUAGGCUUCGUGCUGCCCUUGUGUAUCAUCAGCCUGUGCUAUCUGCUGCUGGUGCGCUUCAUCUCCGAUCGCCGAGUGGCAGGGACCGAAGGAGGAGCCUCGGCUGGCCGGGGCAGCCUGGCCGCAGCCAGCGCCCGGAGACGGUCCAAAGUCACCAAAUCAGUGACCAUCGUGGUCCUAUCAUUCUUCCUGUGUUGGCUGCCCAACCAGGCGCUCACCACCUGGAGCAUCCUCAUCAAGUUCAACGCGGUGCCCUUCAGCCAAGAGUAUUUCCUAUGCCAGGUAUACGCGUUCCCGGUGAGCGUGUGCCUGGCUCAUUCCAACAGCUGUCUCAACCCCAUCCUCUACUGCCUCGUGCGCCGCGAGUUCCGCAAAGCGCUCAAGAGUCUGCUGUGGCGCAUCGCGUCGCCCUCUCUCACCAGCAUGCGCCCUUUCACCGCCACCACCAAGCCAGAGCCCGAAGAUCAGGGGCUGCAGGCCCUGGCACCUCUCCACCCGACCGCGGAGCCUGACCUGGUCUACUACCCGCCUGGCGUGGUGGUCUACAGUGGGGGGCGCUACGAUCUGCUGCCCAGCAGCUCCGCCUACUGA